UUGGUUGCUUUUGAUCCUACAGUGCAGAGCUAUAGUGGUUUACGAAGCAAUCUUCGUCAAUUCGUGUUUAUCAUCUUUGCCCCUCAGAAUUUAAGGGAUGAGUACGCUUCAACAAGAUGCAUUGCUCAUGGAGAAUGGCCACAUCAAGGGUUUGAGCAGGGAGCUGAGGCAUGGCAGGACUGCUCAUAACAUGUCCUCUUCUUCCUUGCGCAAGAAAUCCGACUUAACCCUUGUUUCCAAGGUUCAGUGGUGUUUGCUCAGGAAUUUGCUCGUCAAUUUCCAAGAGGUCAUCCUUGGGACCAAGCUGUCGAUUCUCUUUCUUGUGAUUCCCCUUGCCAUCGUCGCCGAAGUCUACAGGUUCGGUCGACCUUGGGUUUUUGCGUUGGCCUUAGUGGGACUUACGCCACUAGCUGAACGCGUCAGCUUCUUGACAGAACAAGUUUCUUACCACACGGGCCCAACAGUUGGAGGACUCUUAAAUGCAACAUUUGGCAAUGUCACAGAACUCAUAAUAGCAAUAUUUGCUCUCAGAAAUAAUAAAAUAGCUGUGCUCAAGUAUUCUCUCUUGGGUUCAAUCCUUUCAAACCUUCUUUUAGUUCUUGGAACCUCCCUCUUCAGUGGUGGAAUAGCAAACAUUAGAGGAGAACAAAAAUUUGAUAGGAAACAGGUAGAUGUGAACUCACUUAUGCUGCUGCUGGCAUUUUUGUGCCACUUGCUGCCUUUGCUGUUCAGAUAUUCUGGUAUCUCAGCUGCUCUUGAUACAGGCCCAUCUCUCCACUUGUCAAGAACUGCAAGUAUUGUGAUGCUGAUAGCAUAUUUUGCUUACCUUGUCUUUCAACUUUGGACCCAUCGCCAGUUAUUUCAAGCUGAGGAUGAAGAAGAUAAUGAUAAUGUUGCAGAAGUAGCUGUGAUAGGAUUUUGGAGUGGGUUUGCUUGGCUUGCUGGAUUGACUGUACUCAUUGCCAUCUUGUCUCAAUUUGUGGUGAACACAAUUGAGGGUACUUCAGAUUCAUGGAGCCUGUCUGUCAGCUUCCUUAGCAUCAUCUUGUUGCCAAUAGUUGGCAAUGCAACUGAACAUGCAGGGGCAAUCAUAUUUGCUUUGAAGAACAAGCUAGACAUCUCAUUAGGUGUUGCUUUAGGUUCUGCAACUCAGAUUUCCAUGUUCGUGGUUCCCCUGUGUGUCGUCAUUGCUUGGAUAAUGGGUAUCAGAAUGGACCUUGACUUCAAUCUCCUUGAGACCGGUUCUCUUGCUUUGGCUAUUUUAGUCCCAUCUUUCACUUUACAGGAUGGGACUUCUAACUACAUGAAAGGCCUUGUUCUCCUGCUCUGCUACGUUGUUAUUGGGGCAUGCUUCUUUGUACAAAGAACACCACCCAACCAGGCUGAUGUUCCAAACAUGAUCCUUAAACCUCCAACUGAAGCAGCUUGAAGAUCUUAGUAGCGGGGACAAGGGACAUAACCACUUGCACCCACACAAGAACUCUGGAGUGGACAAGGGACAAAAUUUCAUUGUAGGUUUUGACCUAUCAGGGUCGCUUCCUGAGACGAAGGAUAAGAGCAUCCAUACUAACUUCCGACAGAUCCAAUGGAUCUACGACCUCCAAACGGAAAUCUGAAGGUGUUUGCGUUAACUUCGCAGGAACGUUGAUUGCAGACCGUGUAUAUAAUAAUACAUCUCUCUAAGUGCUGUUGGCUCUGAGAUUUUCAUCUUGCAUUCGUGAAAUCCCAGAGUAGCGUAGCAAAAGCUACUAGGUGUAUUAUAAAUUCUAAUGGUUUAAUGGUGAAAGGUAGGCAUGCAGUUAGCAAGAUGUUUGAGGUUUUAAUUGUCUGUUUCAUCGUAUUAAAAAAAAAACGUUCAGCUUGUGUUUUGAGAUGCGAAACGCCUGUGUUGUGAGCCUGUAAUAAUUCUCAUUAUAAGAAAGUCGUUUUGGAUCAUUCGAUGUAACAUUCUACUGGGGAAAAUCAUUCCGACAUUAGCAAGAUUCCUCGAGUAUGCUGAGUCUGUUGUCACAUGCAGGCCUUGUUUUCUCUCUUGCUCUUUAGUUAGAGAACAUGGACGCUGACACCACUCUGACACACUGAAAGUCACAAAUGUACUUUUUGUUCUGGCAUCACAAUACAAUUAUUGCAGCUUCUUUGAAUAUAAGAAUAUUACUUGAAUUA